AUUUUACUUCCGGUAGAGGUGUUUACCGAAAAUCUAUUUAUUGGAAGCAACGAUAUUAUUCUUCUAUUUACCAGAUCUGAUUAUCAAAUUCAAAGCUAUGUCUCGGCAAGGGACACGAGGAGUAGAUCCUCGUAAAGUUAAUGGCGAGCUAUUUACAUUGACAUAUGGAGCACUGGUGGCACAGUUAUUAAGAGAUUACGAAGAUGAUGAUGAAGUCAAUAAACAACUGGAAAAAAUGGGAUAUAAUAUUGGUGUAAGACUGAUAGAAGAUUUCCUGGCAAGAAAUAACUCUAGCAGAUGUAAUGAUUUUAGAGAAACUGCAGAUAUUAUUUCAAAAGUUGGGUUUAAGAUGUAUCUUGGUAUUACCCCAGUGGUCAGUAACUGGAGCCCUGCUGGUGACGAGUUCUCUUUACUUAUAGAAAAUAAUCCUCUGGCAGAUUUUGUAGAAUUACCCCCAGGACAUAAUAAUUUGAAUUUUUCUAAUCUUCUGUGUGGAGUAUUAAAGGGUGCUUUAGAAAUGGUUCAAAUGGAUGUUGAUGUGCGGUUUGUUCAGGAUCAAUUAAAGGGAGAUAAUAUAACAGAAUUGAGACUUAAAUUUUUAAGACGUUUAGAAGAUGCUAUACCUGUAGGAGAAGAUUGAGAAAUUAAUUAUUUAGAGCAGUUUAAUUGGAUAAUUUAGUGAAGGACAUUCCAGUGUGCACUUACAAAGUUUAUGACCUUUGUCUGAUAUCAAUUAUUGAAUGAUGACUUUUGUGAAUGAAUUAUAUUUGAUAGUAUUUAUGUGAUGAUAUCAUGGAAAGUUUUAAGUGCUGUACACAUGGAAUUUAUUUUGGAUUAUUAGUAGUUAAUAUAGAAACAUGGAAACAUUUUAGAUAUGUGUUUUAACAAAAAACAGAAAACAGUAGAAUUUUUAAAAGUCUUUAUUGAUCUAAAUCUAAAUCUCUUUAUUAAAUAGAAGUCGAAUUAAUCUUGUAAUUUUAAGAUGGUGUUGUAACUUUUAAAUGUUUAUUCAUGCAUAAAAUGUACAUACAUACAUAAAAUGUACAAUUUAAUGUAAAUGAUUAUAUUUUGUUUAUAUAUGACCAAUUUGUGAA